CACACACACACAAGGCAUCGGUCAGAGACACUCGGGAUGCAUCAGUCAGUCCAUCAGAUACUAAUGAGGAAUGAAAGAAAUCAAAUGGAUCUCUGUCUGCCUCUCCGUGUAUGACCCACGGAUGAGGAGGUGACACAGAAAGUCCUCUGUACAAGGAAGGAAGAAAGGCCCAAUGCAAGACUCACUUAAGCACACUCCUCCUGGAUUUGGCCAAUCAGAGAUCUUAAAAAGAAGCAUUGCUGUCAGUCCCAACCAGGUUUUUGGACCACCAGCUGAAUCUGUAUCUGAGAGUGACGAUCAAUACACAUUCGAGAAACUGAUAAACCAAAAACUGCCCAGUUCUAUUAGCAAGUGGCGGAUAUGUCAUCGCCUUCCAUCCCUCUUCCUCCGUUGCCCCCCAGCCCCCUGGCCAUGGAGUACCUAAAUGACUUUGACCUGCUCAAGUUUGAGGCAAAGGCCGACUCUCCUCCCCCUCUUCCACCAUGUUCAUAUCCUAAAGCAGUCCAGCAGCAGCAGGACUCCUCGUCAUCCCCCUAUGUGGUUCGACCUCCUCCAGAUUCCAGCCUCAGCUCUAGUCCCUAUACCUCUCUACCUCCUUCACCAACCCUCAGUGAUGCUCAUCCACUUCCAUCUGGGUCUUCUUCCUCCUCCUCCUCUUCGAUAUCCAUCCCUCUCUCUAUCUCUGCCAGCUAUGUCUCUGGAUUAAAUUCCACCCCGCAAGGGAAUCUGGACUGCAGCCCUGCACCUGGUGUCCCAGGCCAGUGUCCAAACCCCACGUCUUUGGAAGAUCUGUUCUGGCUGGCAGCAAUCCAGCAGCAGUUUGGAGGGGAAGCUUCUCUUUUAGAGGCCUUAGGGGGAACACCAGAGAGAGGUGACAGAGACAGGGGCGUUGUUGGGGGGUUUCUGGGGUGUGAAGAUGCAGUGGAGGUGCUACUCAACUCGGCUGCUGCUGCUGCUGCUGUAAGCUCACAGUUCCCGGGUUUGUCUCAAAGCUCUGGAAGCAGUAAUCUGGGAGACUCGAGCAGUGAGAGUGGAGGUGAUGUAAAAGCCUCAGAGCUCUGUCACCGUCCUCUCCUCUUUGUUUCCUCUGGCCCUCCACCUCUACACAAUGGCAAUCCACCCCAAGGCACGUACCACCAGCCCUCAAGCCCUUCAUCCCGCCUUCACCACCCGCAGCAUCAUCCUCAUCAUCACCAUCACCCCCAUCAUCUCAUUAACAGUCAUCACCAUCAUCAGCUUCAAGCUAGCCAGUCUGGGUUGCAUGAGCGCUUUUCAGACGAGCAGCUCGUGAGUCUGUCUGUGCGCGAGCUGAACAGGCAUCUGCGUGGCGUGAGCAAAGACGAGGUGGUGCGUCUGAAGCAAAAACGUCGCACUCUGAAGAACCGAGGCUAUGCUCAAUCGUGCCGAUACAAACGCCUCCAGCACCGGCAUGCACUUGAGUCUGAGAAACACAUCCUCACACAGCAGCUGGAGCAGCUGCAGUGUGAGCUGUCCCGUGUGCUAAGAGAGCGAGACGCCUACAAAGCUCGUUACGAGAAGCUUGUUAACUCCAGCGAGGCCCCGCCCACUCAGACCAACAAUCCAACGUCUCCUCCCACAGACUAUUUCCUCUGAAAGGAAAGCAGGAAAACAAACAGACAAACUGAAAAGAGAGAAUAAUGGCUACUUCAAUCGUGAGAGGGGGAUCGUGAAAUAAGCUAUAUAAGCUAACAAGCUAAGUUGGGGAUUCACCAAAGCCCUAGAUAGUCACUUUUCAAAAGACUUGACUUGAUUCUGCUGGACAACAGUUUUGGUUUGAUCAUUGUGAGGUUGACAGAAGCAGAAAAGGCUUUGCCGUUUUUCAAUUGUGAAUUUUUUUUCCUUUUUUUCCAAGCAUAUAGGUAAAGCAAAUAAUAAAGAUUCCUGUAUGAUAAUUCUAGUCAUGAGAUCCUUAUCCUCGGCUACAGAGCUGAGUGUCGGGUCUUCACAAGUUUUCUUGUGUGCCGGAGCUCUGAACUGACUAAAUAAGGUUAUUUGGACACUUUAACGUAGAUUUAUAAAGUGAAGUAUAAAAUUGCUGCUAUAUAACCAACACUGUGUCUAAAAUCGUGCCCUUGCUCGAUUUAUUGUCUGGAUUGUUUUGUAUCGAACUUUUCACUGGCCAACUUUAAAAACUGUUACCAAAUGAGACAACAAGAACAAAUAUAAAUAUUUAAAAGCGAUUUUCUGUCAAAAAUGCAUCAUUAACAUCAUUACAUUUUGGGUUAACCAUCCAUAAGUCAUAUUUAAGUUAAAACCUCUUUAUAUUAUGGUCAAUAAUGUGAUUUAGGUAAACACUGUGGGUAAUAAUGUAGAAAACCAGCCAGGAAAUAUUGUUUAUCCAGUGAGAAUGUGGACAAUGCUACAGUACUUAUGACUAGACUUAUGACUAGAGAAGCCCACGGUUACACAUUUCAGCUGUAAUAUACAGUAUGUAAUAAAGGAUCUGAUGGGAUUGUGACAAAUUAAGGGAAAUAACACUGCUUUGUUUCCUGUACAAUGCAAAUCAAAACAAAGUUCUUCUAACUAAUCACUUGUAUCAUUCUGUGCCCAAGCAUUAUGACAGGCAUGGACUAUUCCAGGAUGAUUCUGACCCCCAAAUACUAACCCAAGCAAACAUCUGGGGAGAUUGUUAGAGUGAUGCGUUAGACAGCGCUCUAUUCCACCAGCAUUAAUCCACCAACUGGAGGAAAAUGUAGAAAGCAGUUUAUAUCAUUUUAGUAUCUGACAGGUGUGAAACUUUCUGUCUGAGGUUUUGGCAUGUUGCGGUUUUUCUAGUUGGUUUUCUGCUCACCACGGUUGUAAUGAGUGGCUAUUUGCGUUACCGUAGACUCAGCGCUCUAGGGUUAAGGCAUUUCCAACCACACAUCUUUUUUUGUUGUUUAGAAACUGUAGUUUAUGAAAGACUUUAACCAGCCACUAUGGCAUCAACAGCCACACUGCAGUGAGUAUCUGAACUCACAUUUCUCCCUCGAUCAUUAUACCGUAAAUGAAUUAUAUACAGUAUCUUACUUACAGAUUUACAUGCUUACAAAAUGUUAUGCCAAAAAUAGUCAGUCAGUUUUGUUUCGUUGGUAUUUCACCAGUACCCUUGGAUUAUCAACUACUAUUUGGGGCGAUUAAUGAAAUUUUAUUGAUUUUAUUUCAUUUGUGAAAUUUCGUUUCAUUUCAUUUGUCACAUGACAUAUUUCAUGCAUUCUCAUUUAUAUAUAUGAAAUUUAUUUAUAAAAAUAACACUUUAUUUGUCACUAAAUUUUCAGGAAAAAAAAAUGGUUGCCAUGUUGCAGAAAUAGGUGUCACAGUCACACAGUGUUGUCUGUGAUUAGUAAGUGGAUCAAGGGGUUUUAAGUGAUUAAAGUCAGUGAAUAAAAAAAAAAAUGCUGAUUUCAAAGAACCUAAAACCUCAGAAUACACAGAGCUGGAUGCUGUGGUUUAUUUAUUUAUUUAUUUUUAAUAAUUAUUAUUUUAAGACUACACUAAGAGAUAUGCAGAUAUAAUAUUAGGCUCGAUUGUAACGUUACAGUACCUAAAUUCUUAACAAGUCAUCUGAGGGAGUUUUAUUCCGACUUUUCAUUUAGAAUCUGAGUAAAUAAUUCAUCUAAUUUAGUCAUUUUUUUCUAAGAAUUAUUUAUGUGACCAUAAUUUUAAUUUGCUGGUUUCUCAUUUUAUUGAGUGUGUGUUUUAUUUAUUUUAUAAGU